AUGCUUCUUGCAAAGUCAUUUAGUGUCAAGCCAGGGUUUUCUGAUGAAGGGGAAAUCCUUGCCGAACAGAAGUCGGAAUGUGACGUGCUAGUAGUUUUUGUCUCAAAGUGCUCUUGGAAGGAAGGCGUUAUGUGUCGUGCUUUCGAUCAUUUUCUACAUCCAGAAUGUUUCCGAUGUGCCACUUGCGGAACUUCUUUGAAAAACCAAGGUCACCAUUUCGUGAAUGGAAAGUUUUAUUGUGGUGUUCACGGACGUCAGUUCGAUUCUCGGAAUACACUGACGGCCCCAUCACUUCAUCCGGACCUUGCUGUACGCAGCUCUCCGACGGCAGCAAGCCCUAGACGGAACCAGGAAAACGUUCGUGCAUUUUAUCAACCAGAUAUCAUGGCUAGAAGGCCACUUUCGAUAAGCCCAACACCAUGGAAGACACAGAGCCCUAUAAGCCCAAGCAACAGAGGUGUACCUCAUUCUGCUGUGCAGUAUGGAACAGACUUAAAAACUGAAAGCUAUUCUGCCCAACCACCGCUGACGACAUCUAUUGUCAGCUGUUCAAUAGAUUGUCAAGAAAUACGAGCCUUUGAUCUGACCAAGCACGCUCCGCUACCGGAACAAAUUCAUUCUGCAACGUCUCCACGAAGACGACCCUCAACACGCAAAUGGCCUCCAGAAUCUCCAGCAGUGAGGAAAUUUUGGAGAUAUGAAAACAAAACACUUCCACCUGCAAAUGAAAAGGUAGUUUCACUAACAAGCUACAUUAGAGAAUUGGAUGAGAAGCGAAAAAAGCCUCCUAGUCCAAAACGACAUCUCCUGCGUGAAAGUGCAAGAGCUGUAUCUCAGAUAAAACAGCCUAAUGCUUAUUAUUACAAUGAAAGUCAAAAAGAAAAAAUAAAUGGUAUUCUGAGUCACGAUGCUUCUCCGGACUGUAGGGUGAUCCAACAAAUUGAAAAAUUGGAAGAGCACCAAGAACUCUCUGAAAGUACAGCGAGUGUUAGUCGUGAGCCAGAAUGGGUUGAACAACAUGGCGAUGAUACAGUUUCAGCCUCUGAGCGAACAGUACAGGAAGACGGUGAAGUAGAGCCGAAUACAACAAAUGAGUCUACUUGUAAUAUUGCUCACUUCCAAGAUUCAAAACAAACCCUUUUAACAUUUGCUCCCCCUCUUACAAUAAAUACCUCAGAGAACCUGCAACCCUGGACCAACUCAGCAGAAAUUUUGGAAGAAGGCGAUCUAGCAACUGAGGAAAAUUUCGCUCAAAAUAAUGGUGAGGAUGAAAGUGUUUCAUUGCCGCCGUUUGAUAAAGACACGACAGAAUUUCUGGAGAAGGGUGCGCGCUACUUCUGUGAUUACGAAGAGUCUGGCACUACAGCGGGAGGGUUAGAACGGGAUACAGAAGAUAACCACAAUGACCAGAAGGCCGGAAAGGUACCAAAUUCAGGCUACGAAGAGGAACAGCAAGAUGCAGAGGGAACUUUUCAUGAAAAUGGAGCUUGUUAUGACUCAGUAAGCAAACAGCAAGAGAAUAAAAGUACGUUAGACGAGGAUAAAGAACUGUGGAUGAAGGAAGAAGUCGAGGAGGCGAAAAGAGAAAGUGAACGAGAUGCAAAAAUGGAGGUGGAACAUCUUGAAGAACUGCGCCGUUACGACGUUAGUGAAAAGAUCACUGAAAGUGUAAGAAAGCCAGAUGUUCCUCGAAGAAGUAUUCAUAGUUCGAGACCCGCUAUGAAAAAACAGUCUAGUUUUGAAGCAGAGCAAAAAAGGUUGGAUGAUAUUCGGAGAGUCGAAGAAUAUCGGAAUUUGAAUAUCUCUCGACUAACUGAACACAGUCUUCCACAGAGUAUCGUCUGGCAUGAAACUUUCGAAGAUAGGCCGAAAAUUUUCCAAAAUGACGGAGAUUUUAUGAAAGAAACUGUUGUUAGAAAUGGAGCAAUGUCAAAAGUCGGUGAAAAAACUGAAACGACUAGAGAUUUAAGAAAAGAAAACGAUUUAAGAGAGUUUGAGAAACUUAAAGACUUGGAAAAGAUGAGGCUUCAAGAUGAAAACGAUAAAAGAUUGGCUAUUGAAAGCAUUGAACGACAUCAAAGGCAACUUCGAGAACAGCAGGUCCAGUUGUCGCAGCUGCUGGACAAUGCGAUCGUUUUUUUGAAAAACCUUGAUACUGAGGGUCUUAAGCGGUCUCCGGAGCCCUGUACCAGGGAAAAGGUUGAGGAAGUGGAACAGUAUGAUAACGUAAACUCUGAUAGUGAGGAGCAGGAGCAUGGGAUCGAAACGACUGGCAUAAGUUCUAAAACUGAAUCUAAAGUAUCGGAAAACGAAGACCGUGGGACUGGUACUUUUGCGGAUUUUGAUACUCCGUCGGCAAGAAUUAUGAGGGCUAUCCGGGAGUUAGAUUGUAUGUUCUUUGUUGCAUGUCUGCAGUCCUGUCCUAAUUAUUAUUGCCUCUUUACCAACUGUCCAGAAACGUUUCCAAUAACCAGUUAUGAAAUAGCUAACCCAACACGUUUCACAAUAAAUUCCACUUGCAUCACCUUGCUGACUAAGAACCAAUUUGUAGAACGAAGAAGCCAGAUAACAACUUCAAGAGAAGUAAAGUCAGUCGGAGGCGAUGAUCGACUUCUAGGGACGUCAAUACCUAGUUCAGGCCAUGAAAUUGAGACACCAUCUGACAAGAUCGUUAACGCCUUGCAGAAUCUUGAAAUCCGUCAGACGAUAAACAAUAAUACAGUUUCGUCCCGAGUAACCGAACGCCAUAUUUCUCAGAGUGGUGACAACAUAAGAGGCAGAGGAACACUUCAAUCUCAGGGCAGUCGAAUACCAUACUGUGAGCAGUGCAGAGCACAGAUCAGGGGAGCGUAUGUUCUUGCUAAUGGAUUAGCCUAUUGUCCUGACCAUUUCGUUUGUGCAAAUAAAGCCUGUAAUCGGAAACUCCUAGAAAUUGGCUUUGUAGAAGAGAAAGGACAAAAAUAUUGCGAGCAAUGCUUCGAAACAUUAAUUGCACCACAUUGUGCAAAAUGUAAUCGACCAAUUAUAGCUGACUGCUUGAAUGCGCUUCAAAAGCAGUGGCAUCCAGAAUGUUUUGUCUGCACUCACUGUCAAAGACCGUUUGGUAACUCGGCUUUCUUCCUUGAACAAGGACAGCCGUAUUGUGAGAAUGAUUGGAACGCUUUGUUCACCACCCGGUGCUUCGCAUGCAACUACCCGAUAGAAGCUGGCGAUCGAUGGGUUGAAGCACUAGGAUCUGCGUUCCAUUCCAACUGCUUCAACUGCACAGCGUGCAACGUAAAUUUGGAGGGUGAAAGCUUCUAUGCAAAGAACGGUGCCCCGUAUUGCAAACUACAUGCUUAA